GUUAAUAAUACUACUUUAACUAUUUAAAAAACAACAAUAACACUCCAAUAUUGGCCAAUACAGCAAUUUUUAAAUGGGAAUGAGUUAUUCACAAUCAGUUAGAGAAUUAAUAAAACAAGUCGAAUCGGAGGAUGCUAUCAUUGUUGAUGAUCAUAGUAAGCUUCCACCUGCACUUGUACAACAUUCGGAUGUUGAGUGGAUGAAGAUUCUCACCUCUAAACAAUAUGAAGUGUUGAGAAGGGCUGGAACAGAGCCUAGUUUCUGCUCUGGAUACAAGGUUUUCAAAGAUCAAUUGAAGGAAAACAAUCAGGAGGAGGGAGUUUUUCAUUGUUCGGGAUGUGAUGCUCCUCUUUUCUCUGCUAAAACAAGUUUUGAUUCUGGUUCUGGUUGGCCAUCAUUCUGGGCUCCUUUUAAGCCAAAAGCCAUUGGAUAUGUAGUCGAUAAAAAGUUUGGAAUGGAACGUGUUGAAGUUGUUUGUACAAAUUGUCACUCUCAUUUGGGUCACGUAUUUGAGGAUGGACCUCGUGAUAAAACCAAAUUGAGAUAUUGCAUCAAUGCUGUUUGCCUUGCUUUGAAGAAAUUGUAAAUUAAUAAUAUUUCCAAAAUUGU